GUAGAAAGUCUAGUGUAAGUUUUCUCACAGUCAUUAUCGACUCAACAAAUUGAUAGAAAACAAAAACUCCAGCGGCUGUACCGAGUCGUUGAUUGGUAUUUUUUAGCUUUUCUUUUUUGUAAGGUAAAUAUUUGGGUUCCAUUGUUUAAAGAUAAUUGGCAAAAUAAAAACAAAAAAUAAACUGCCGGGAUGUCUGUUCAUUUCGAUGAAAGAAGCGGUGUGAUUCCUUGUAAAACGCCAUGGGGUCUGUGGUACCAAACCAUGGAGGACCUGUAUAUUGAAGUUAAUGUCCCGCCAGGAACCUCUUCCAAAGAAAUCAAAUGUAAUCUGGGAAGCAAACAGAUAUCACUUUCUGUGAAAGGACAAGAAAUCUUCAAGGGGAAACUAUUCGGCUCAACUAUUGAAGAUGAAGCAACCUGGACGUUAGAGGAUAAGAAGCUUAUCCGCAUUUUUUUAAUGAAGACCAAUCGAGAGGCAGGUAACUGCUGGACGUCGCUUUUAGAAGGGGAGUAUUGUGCAGACCCAUGGGUUCAGGAACAGAUGCAGAAGAAGCUCACACUAGAGAGAUUCCAGAGAGAGAAUCCUGGUUUCGACUUCAGCGGUGCCGAUAUUUCUGGGAACUAUGCUGGAGGUGGACCUGAUUUUUCUAAUUUAGGAAAAUAGUUAUUUUUUUAAUGGAGUAAGAAUCAAGACUGACAAUUGUUGCCUCUCCAUUAUUUUAACAACAAACCCCACCUGCAACUCCAAGUCCCAGUCUAGGACACUGUAUGGACACUGGGUAACUUGAAGCUUUAAAACAUGUUUCACAAACUAACUAAUCUACAGCACAAAGAUGAAUGGUGACAGAUGUAGAUGCUUUCUUUUGCCUCUUUGAGUGUAGGUGUCAUUAAACAGACAGCUUCAGAAGACAUUAAAGCAAAAUUAUUAGCAACGCUAGCCUGCCUCUGUGGUUUUUGGGUCUCAUGUUUCUGUUGGUGCCAGAAUAUCAUUGCAACUACAGAUAAGCCCACUUCUUUGUGUUGACCCACAGGUUUUUAAACUGUGUUUUAUUUUACCGAUCCACCCGAGUUUCGGUAAAUGUGUGGCUCAGCAUGUGUUAUUAAAUGUGUUUUACACUGGAAAUUGACCUAAACUACCUUCAGAGGAAAACUAAUUACAGAUGCGAUUUCCAACCCCAUUAUGGAGCAAAGAAAAAGAUAUGGAAGUUAAUAAAGAUUAAGCUUGUAGUAAUUUACUUUUAGUUAACAGGUUUAAAAUUUUGCAUUUUAUCUGAAAGAUGUCUUGCACUUUAAUUGGUACAAAGACUAAUUUAGUUUUUUGCAUGGUCAGAUUUAUGUCUACUCUGAAAUAAACAGAUGUUUAGAAAAGCAGAACCAAACAGUACUGUUAGCAGGGAGUCAGUCUAUCAAUCUAACAUCCCUGCAGCGCAGUACUGAAUCUUCCCAGUACUAUUCCAAAGUCAGUAACCCAGAAGAACAGCAGGGAGUUGCAGGCAAGUUCAGGAAAGUACAACAUGCGCAGAUUGAGUUGACCUGGUUUGUAUUUGUAAUGUUCUCACUGUAUCAGUUUAUUAUGUUUGGUUUAUAGUCAAUGUUUUCUUCUGAAAGAAUACCAUUUUACAAUCAGUGUUUCUUAAAUGUAUAAUGUUGUGCUGGUAUACUUCGGUUGAAUAGAGGAUCAUACCACUUCCUGCACAAGUGGCUUCAGGAUACAGAUGUGGAAUAUAACUGGUGAGAACCAAGGAUUUAAAACAUUAAACUGUUACACUAGCUGCUCAUUGUAUAGGGACCCUUUUCAGAGUUAAACCACACAGGCCUGCAGUAGUUCUUGCAUUUUAAACAUUUUACCAGGAAAAAAAAAAAAACCACUACUAUCAAAAGUAUUUCCAUGAGCUUCCUGGUGAAAUAUUUGAUCGAGUGACCUUGAGACCAACUCUUAACCAAUUGGUAUUGGAGUGUCUUGAGUUAUGCUAUAGCCUACAUGCAUCUCCUUUAGCUGCGCAUGUUAAUGAAAAAAGAGCUCUUUUCACUGACCAGUAACUGCUUCUGUGGUGCCCCGGAUAAUUCUGUUUUGUAGCCAAAGCCAUCGGCACAAUUUUUUUUUUUUUUUUUUUUUUUUUUUUUUUUUUAAGAAUCAUAUCCAAGUGUUUAAACAUCUUUUCAGAUGUCAAAUUAUUUCCUAUAGGUCAGGCAUGAUCCAGUUUCAUUUAAAAAUGCUUGGAGAUAUGAUGAAAUUCCAUUUAGGUAUCACAAUUGUUCAUAUAAAAGAGUCAAAGAAACAAUCAAGGGGUCACAUUUCAAUAUUUUUAUUGAAAGGUCACACUUAACAAAACACACUGUUCACAAGUUCCACAAGUCUGCCACAAUUCUCAGAAUUCAACAUUGCACCGCUUUCUAAAUGAGCAAGACACCAGCUUUCAAUUGUUUCAAUUGUUCUUAGAGAAAAAUUGUAUAUUUAAAAGGAACUCUGGAAUUUCCGAAAGAUUACGGCACAACAAAAGCAUACAGAACAUUUCAGUUUCAUGCUUUUGUGGGUGUACACCUUAAUCCUCAGAACGCUCUUCAUUUCAGUAGAACCCACAAGAAAUGCAAUUUAAAGGCCACAGCAUACUUUAAAGUGGUCUUUCAAUACUGUGAUAUUUUAAAAAUACUGUGCCAACAAUUCCAGAUCCUUCAAAUAUAUAAAAAUACUAAAAAGAAAUGUAAAUAGCUCAAUUACAGUUUUGGAAAACAAACUAACUUGAUUGUAAAACCAGGUUUCACAAAGUAUUUUAUUGAGUGCGAUACAAAAUGGCUUUGACCAAUUUCUGGGUAAACCAAUUUACUGUUCAUCAUUCUACCCUAAACAAAAAGGCAAAAAAAGGGAAAGUUCAGAGAGAUACUGCCUUUAAAUGUAGCUAAACUUUUAAAUGUUAAUACAGUAUUAAUUGCAAUAAUAAUCUAAAUAAAUGUAUGCCUCUAAUUUUAAAUUUGAUGCUGGUAAUGUAGGGGACAAGAAAAAAAAAAUAUAUAAAACGCUAGGCUAGUCUGGUGACUACCGUGAUCUAGAUCAGCGUUUAAAUAUGAGCUUUAGAGGCAUCACUGCACCUCAACAUAAGCAGUAUGAUGAUAAUACUUAAGAACAUGGAAAACAAAACAUACACUGAAAACAAAACAUGUUAACUGAAUAGGCGAGUCGGACUGUACAGAAACAAGACCGGAUCCAUAACAGGCCCUUAACAUUUUAGGUGAUUUAAAGGUUGUGUUUUUUCAUGUUAAAUACAGGUGCUAUUGUUUAAGCCACGCCUACAGCUUGAAAAACAUGUAGUGUAGGAAAUAAGAGAAAACAGGUUGUCAAAUUACUGGGACACCAAGAAGAAAACGUUUGAGCCGAUGUCACUGCUCUGUGCCCCUCAUUACACCACUCUGAGUGGAUUAUUUCAUCUGCUGUAAGGAUCACCAUUUAAUACCUUACAUUGUUAUCUUACUUAAAAGAUAAAACUCAAACUAUAACCUUGGGUAGGAGUGUGUAUUAGGAUUGCUCAGCUACCUAGGGUGGAAGUUUAAGGGUUUUGGGUUCAAUUUUCUUGGUUUCCGAUUUUCUUAUCAUUUAGCUCACAAAACCCUUCUUCCUCCUCUUCCACAUAGUGGACUGAGGACCUAGGUGGUUCAUAACUUUACUGCUUAAACCCUCACCAGUGCCAAAAGCGAUGUUACCAAGAACCAUGGCACCGAUUAAAAGUGAAAACAUACACAAAAAUAAAAGCCUUCAAAAUCAGAGAAACAAAAGAACAAGGCUGAAUAAAUAUGCUACAAAUAAAAAAAAUUAAAUCUGUCCCAAUAGUCUAUUUUAUUGAUCUAAAACUGCAGCGGAUCAUAACAACGCCACUCACUGUCAGAACUGCUCGAUAGCAGACCUUGUGACUGUACUUUAUGAUUUUAUUAAAAAGGGGUCAAUCAUAAAUCGCCAUUGGGCGGAAAAACAUCUGUUGAACUAUUGCAUUAUAUAGAAAUGACAGUGGCAUUUAGAUCUGCUGCAAUGUAGAUCAUGAAGCAAUAAACCCCAGUAAUAAAUCACACAUUUUAAAAAAGCAAGCAAGACCUUAAAUACUACAUCAUACUUUGAGAAAUACUUCAUCCAUUUACUGCCAUGCUCUUUUUUUUUUUAAACUAAAACCAACCUUGUUCUUCAAUUUACACAUAAUAAAGGCUUUACAUUUAAACAGCGAGCUUCUUCAAAAAUUAUAUCUUAGAGGCUAUUACCAGAGAACAGGCUUAGUUUUUUCAUGUUUAAGCUUAUAUUCAUCCUCAUAUACCACAGCUCAUGCUUAGCCCUUUAGUGGUAGUAGCCAAUGUGUAGCAUAAUACAAUAAUACUCAAAGUGCAAAUACUGCAAAAAAAAAAAAAAGGGGGACAAACCAGUUUAAAUUUCAGGUCACUUCCAUGUCCACAAACAACUUUAGGAAGUAACUUUAAAGGUUUGAAAU